CAACCGCUGCGAGGCGCCAAGCAACGCCUCAAAGAGGAGGAAGAGCCAAAGGAGGAGGAGCCACUCUCGCUUUGACCCUCCCUCGCCGCCGCUGCGAAAGGUCCCCUCACGCUAUGGAUACAUACGUUCCCUUGCAAGAAGUCUCUGUCAUGCGGGGGUUUCUUCUGGCCAAACUCUUCCUCAUCCUCCUGCACACAAAAUGCGCCCUUUUGACAGAUUGCACAUGGAGAGCUGUAGUCAACAGAUUUGAAAAAGUUGGUGAGGACCGGGAUAUAUUCAUGCAGCAGCAUGAAAUUAAGAGCGUAGAGGAGGUCUUCAAGGAACUGGUGGAUUCAGCUAUAGACCCCGAUGACAAAAAUGCAAAAUACUAUGGAUUUCCAUACUACUUGAAAAUAAACCUGACCUGCAGAUCAUUGGCAUCAGAAAUGGCUAUCCGGACAGCUCACUACAGUGGGAUGAGACCACUUGUGACAGUCAGUUUUGAAGAACCUGCCCACUCUGUGCGUCAAAAACAAGAGCAAUUGGAGAUUGAAAUGACAGCAGCUCCUUCCAGGAUGGGAGCUUGUGAUAGCGAAGAGGCUUGCAGGAUGUGCUGGUACACACCGAUGCCCUACAUGAAUGGCAGUGUAGUGAUGGAUGUGACGGUGACCACCAAUACCAUUGGCCUUCCUGUUGAUGCUAAGAGGUUCUCUAUCAAUAUCAAUGGAUUUAUGAAGCUAGUUCAAAACAAAGCUGUGUUCAAGAUAGGAACGAAGCUGACUGCCUUGAGCUCCUUCCUGACUCUGAGAGACCCAUCACGUCCCUUGUGGCAUACUUACACACGAGCCCCUGUGCUCAUCCUUGGUGACAUCCCAAGAAACAAGAUUGUCCUCAUGUCAGACACAGGGUUUGAAGAUUACUUUCCAGUAGAGCUUGGCAUCGACAGCUGCUGGAUCGGCUCCAUCUCCUGCCCACAGAAGGGUUUCUCCUCCGCUAUUGUUGAUACCAUUGCCACAGAAAGCACCCUCUUCAUCCGACAGAACCAGCUGGUCUAUUACUUUGUGGGACAUUACCCUUUAUUGCACAUGAGAAGUUCAGGUUCUGAGAUGUGGACACGCAUAUUAAAUAAUGUCUGUGUGAAGAGACUAAACCCUGUGUUUUUUGUUAAGAAUGACACUGAAUUUGUGAUUGCUCUUGGUGGUGGCUGGCAAGAAGGAGAGUUCUUUCUUAUUACUGUGAAAGAUGGAAUAGUGAAUUCCACUGGCUCUUUGAAGGCUCAGCAGCAGUCAGUGUGCCAGUUUCUGAAAGUUGGGUGUAAUAUUGUGUGGGUUGUUUUCUCUGCAAAUGAAAACAAGUUCAUAUUGCUGGUGAACGAAGAUGGAACAAAUCGGCACUUCCUUGUGGAAUAUCAGAAAGAUGCAUAUUUUAAGCAGAUUUAUGAAGUCCCUGAGCUGGUACCCAGAGCCUCAGAUACAGGAUUUGUGCUCUUGCUGGGGAAGGAGGCGUAUAUAAAUAAAACUCUUAUCCCAAGAGGUUUGGCUUUAAAUCCCUUCAGUAAAAUAUUCUAUAUCUGGGGGAAUGUUAUCUUGCAAAGCAAUGACAUGGUGAGUUUCAUAUAUUUGUGCAACUUUCCGGGCGACUCUCCCAUCAAAUAUUUUGUUUUGUCCUUUACUGGGCAAAUUGCCUUUGUGACGGAUGCAGAUGAGGUCUGGGUUAUGAGAGAAGGCAGUACAGAGAUCAAAAGAGCAUAUCCAUCAAAAGCUUGGUCCGUGUACAACACCUUGCAAGUGAUGGAAGGCUCACCAGACCAUGACUUGAAUGCCAAACAAGCUAUAGUCACUGUUUUCUUUGACAAGGAUGGGAUGCAAGAGUUGAUUUAUAGGGAAGAUCCUGGAACCACUGGAAGAUUAAUCAAGAGGAAAUUCCCUCUGGAUCAUAUCCUGACCUAUGACCAGUUGAUCAACACUCCUCACAAAGGGAUGACACACAAUGGAAUAGACUACAUCAGAUUCACCCAUCGUUGCCCAUUUGCUGUUGUACGCAUGGUGGAUUUGCCACUCCCACAGCGCUUUACUCGGAUGGAGCAUUAUCGUGCCAGGCCACCAGAAAUCAUGGAGAAAACAGGCAUUCAUAGCAUGAAGUCUCUGACUGUGUACCAGGGACUGGUCUACCAGCUACUGCAGCUGCACUCAGCUUACCACAGAUCUUAUGCUGACCCAGUCCAUGAUCCCACGUGGCGCUGGUGGAAGAACAAGAAAGAAGAUGCAGAAUAUUACUACUACAUGGCCAGCAACUGGAAGUCCUCGGGAGGUAUCUACGUUGACAUGGCCAACUAUGUUAAGAUCUACAACCUCAUUCCAAAUAAUUUGCUGCCAAAAACAAUCUACUUGGACAGGAAGCAGACCUUUGUCUUUUCUGUGUAUCUGAGCAUCAGGACAACCAAACAGAGCAUGGGGGAGACGGCAGAAGAAAAUUCUCUCCAGUAUAUGUGGCUCACCAUUCUUUUAGCCCAUCCUGAGUAUGUUCAUGCAGAUCUACAUAGGCAGGAACUGAUCAGCAGAGGCUCAGUGCUGUAUCGGGUGUCAAUCACAGACAGUGGCAAUUAUCCAAAGCAACAACUCAGUGGGAAGGGUCUGUUGAAGAGCUCUGCAAAUUUAAAGGUUGCACAUUCAGGGAUGAGCUGUUACCACUACACAGGCUCAGGAAUACGCACAAAGGGCAGUUCUUACUUGGGCAUCAACAUUGGAUGCCCUCCAGGCAAAAGGCUGGCUUUUGACAUCACUUUCACUAAGAAUUAUACUGCCGAGAAAAACAAGCGCUACUUUGACUGUGUGAAAGAAGACCCAGAGAUGCCCUCUAUAUCUUCACCAUCAUUGGUGGAGGAGCUUUUUCGGAAGCUAAUAUCAAAUACUUCACCCCAGAGAGCUUCUGCGCUACAACACCAUGAACGGCAGGGGAGUGACCAAACCACCUAUGCGACUACGCCUAGAGUUCGUUGUCACAUCCAUGGCCUCCGUCUUAGUCAUACUCGGUCCGUCUAUUACUUGCAGCAUGCGCGCACUGGGUCCCAAGGCCAAGGUCUAUAUCGCAGGCAUUCCGGAGACUGGAAGAAGCAUUUGUAUUCGGGCCGCAUCCAGCCUCACCUUCACAUCGUCAUUCACCAGUCAGUCAUCCCUGCAACGUAUGCCAUCGGACAUCAUCCCGACCAGUUCUUCACCUCCUUCCUCCAAACCGACACACCGGCCUCAGGAACACAGUAA